GGUCAUGCGGAUGGGAAGGAGGACUGUGAAGUCGCAAAGGCAGAGGAAGAAAAGUUUCAUGAAAAAUGCAUGGAGCGGAUGGGAGCGACGCGAACUGCCCGCGGAACUCCAGGAUUCCGGCCACGAAGUCCAUCGAGGUGUCGGACUUUGAAGGCGCCAAGGACCAGAGCUCCAAAUUAUGCGGCUAUCUAAACAAGCUUACGGGCAAGGGGCCACUCAGAGGCUUCAAACCGCUGUGGUUCGUGUACGACCCCAGAAAAUGCUAUCUGUAUUACUUCAAAAGUGCCCAGGACGGGCUGCCCAUGGGACACAUCGACAUCGCAGAUGCCUGCUUUCGGUAUGACGUCGAGGGCGAGGAGGGGCAGUUCGAGAUCCUCACAGCAGGUAAACAGGUCCUGCUCAAGGCCCCCAGUAAACAGAUGAUGCUCUACUGGAUGCAGCAGCUGCAACAGAAACGCUGGGAGUUCUGCAACACGCGCGGAUCCACGCACCGGGACAGCUGGUGCUCGCCCACCUUGCUCCACCCUUCCACGGGCCUCGUCGCCAACGACGUAGAUGGCUGUGUGUUCGAGAAGCCGAGCGAGAGCAUGGAGAAGGUGCGCAGCGACUUCGCCAUGGAGACGAGCGUGGAAGACGCGGCGGGAGCCCCCUCCGCUCGCAACACGACGGGCCACUUCCUCAAGCAGUGGAGCUCGGAUCUUAGGCACUCCAUGUCCCAGCUGAGACCGGGCCGGGGCAACGACAGCAGGCGCAGCAUAUUCUACACGACCAAUUCAGACGAGUGGGAGAUAGUGGACUCCACGUCCAAGGAGCUACAGGAGCAUAUGGCCGUGCAGGAGUCCUCCAAGAAACCUCACGCGGAAACGCACAGAAACUCCACCGGCUCCGUUUUCACGUUCGACUUCGGCAAGUCCUCCUCGCGUUCCAAGAGGCCCUUCCUGAGGGACGUGAUGGGCUCCGGGAAGCCCGGGCGCAGCGUGGACAGUUCCCCGGUGGACUUCAACGGCAGCAAGCCGUCAGAGACGCAGCUGCGUCUACAGAGUCAGCAGGAAGAGCUGAGCCGACUCGGAGAAGAGCUCGCCAGCCAGAAGGAGCUGGUGCGGCUGCUGCAGCAGACUUUGAGGAGCUCGCAGUGCGAAAGGCCUCAUGCUCUUAGCGGCGAGGGGCCGCAGGACCAGUCCCCGCUGCUCCAGGAGAAGAACGGCCAGAUCCAAGCCUUGUGUGGUCAUAUGGAGAAGCUGGCCCUGGAGAAGGAGAACCUACAGCAGGAACUGAAGAGUCUGAAAAACAAGGUGGGGGAGAUGAAUGACCAGCUGGAGAUGCUGAUGGAGACCAUCCAGGCGAAAGACGAAGUCAUCAUCCGGCUAUCCCAGGAAAGCUCGACUAGUGGCGGGAGCGCCAGCAGUCCAGACUGUGGCUCUCCCUCCUCCGCUUGUAAGGAGCUGCAGGAGCUGAACAACCUGAGGGACAGCCUCCAGGGCUACAAAACCCAGAACAAGUUCCUGAACAAAGAAAUCCUGGAGCUGACAGUCCUGCGCAGGAAUGCGGAAGCGAGGGAGAAGGCCCUGGAAGCAAAGUACACUGCUUUGGAGGCCAAGCUGUGCCAGGUGGAAAGCAAGUACCUGGUGCUGCUGCAGGAGGUGAAGAACCCCGUGUGUUCCUCCUCGGAGGAGAACCCAGCCCGGGAGGUCAUUUCUAGGUUGCUGGAAGAUGCUCUUCAAGCAGACACCGCAGACCAACAGGAGCACGCCAUUUUUAAGCCCCAUCCUGUCAGUGAGUACGAUGUGUACGGCUUUAAAACGGUACCAGAGGACGACGAGGAGGAGAUGUUGGUGGCCAAGGUGAGGGCUCUGGACCUGAAGUCGCUGUCUCUGGCAGACCAGGAAGUUUCCGUGGGUGUGAAGUGGGACAAUUACUUGGCGGGGAUGAUGAAUCGGGACAUGGUACGUUCGCCGGAGCUCAAGGCUCUGAUCCGCACCGGUGUGCCACAUGAGCACCGCUCCAAGGUGUGGCGCUGGUGUGUUGGCUUCCACGUCAGGAAGUUUAAGGAGGGUCUAGGUACCAACUAUUUUGAGGGCCUCCUGAGCACAGCCCUAGAGAAGCAAAACCCCGCAUCGAAGCAGAUAGAGCUGGACCUGCUGCGGACGCUGCCCAACAACAAGCACUACGCCUCCCCUGCAGCAGAUGGAAUCGGCAAGUUGCGGAACGUGCUGCUGGCCUUCUCCUGGAGGAACCCUGACAUUGGUUAUUGCCAGGGUCUCAACAGAUUGGCGGCGAUUGCCCUCCUGUAUCUCGACCAGGAGGAUGCAUUCUGGUGCCUCAUUGCCAUUGUGGAGGUGUUCAUGCCAAGGGACUAUUACACGAAAACACUGAUGGGGUCACAGGUUGACCAGCGAGUGUUCAAGGACCUGAUGAAUGAGAAACUCCCUCGCCUUCAUGCCCAUUUUGAACUGCAUAAAGUGGACUUCUCACUAAUCACCUUCAACUGGUUUCUAGUGGUGUUUGUGGACAGUGUGGUCAGUGACAUUCUCUUCAAGAUUUGGGAUGCCUUUCUGUAUGAGGGCCCGAAGAUUAUAUUUCGCUUUGCCCUCGCACUUUUCAAGUACAAAGAGGAGGAAUUCCUGAAACUGCAGGAUUCCAUGGCUAUUUUCAAGUACCUUCGAUAUUUCACACGAACAAUCCUGGAUGCAAGGAAGCUGAUGAACAUGGCUUUUGUGGACAUGAACCCUUUUCCGCUGAGGCAGAUUCAAAACCGCCGCACCUUCCACCUGGAGAAGGUCCGCCUGGAGUUGACUGAACUGGAGGCCAUCCGGCAGACAUUCCUUCGCGAGCGAGAAACGGCACCUGACAAUGUGAUUAGUGACGAUGAGGAAGACAAUUAACGGAAAGCCAGUUGGCAUAUUGACAUCUGCUGCAGAUGAAGUGCUCUGAUUUGUUCUCUCUGGGGGUUUUUUUUUUUUUUUUUUCCUUGAGUUACAAUCAAAAUCUAUGCUCAAUGUCACAUAUGCUGGACCUGCUCUUCACUCAGACUGUGUCUGAGCUAGAACCGUUUUCCUUUGUGUGAUCCUUCUGAAUCACUUGGACCAAAUCGGGAGUAGCUCAGCGGUGCUCUGGUGACAUCUAUUGUUGUAACCC